GCUCGAUUCUGGCGUAUUCGGUAUUUGUUCCAUCUUUCUGCAGCCGGCGUGAUACUCAUGAGCUUCUUAGCACGCUAAAGCCCCCCAAGGCAAUGUCUGGAUAUACUGCUGGACACGGUUUCAUAUAUGUCUGCUGCUCUCUGCUCUCCUUUGUGCUUUCUUGCAAUGCUCUUAACGACGGAAUCUCAAAAAAACAAGAAAGAAGUGAUCCACAAAUGUUUGACCAAUUUACUGAAGUGCGGGAUGUGGUUUUUGUUAUACAGAGUCAGAAAAACUCAUAUCAUACCCACAGGGCUGAACAAAGAAGAACAGAGCUUCUUCAUCAGGCUCAAACCUUAAACCAGAGUUCACCAGAUGUUGUGCUCCUUCACAAGCUGUCAGACUAUGAUGGGAACUGGAGCAUUCUUCCGGCACUGCCACGCCUUGCCUCACAAUACUGUCUAACAUCUUUGUGGAUUGUGUUUUUGGAAGAAGAGACCAAUGUGAACUUACACAACCUUCUGCAGGUGCUGAGCAAAUUCAACACAAGAAAGGAGUGGUUUCUGGGCAGACCCCUCCAUGAUGAUGAACCAACAAUUAUCCACCAUUAUGCUUUCUCAGAGGACCCCUACAGUUUCAGUUACCCUGACUUCAUGGCUGGCUGGGCCCUCAGUUGCCCCCUGGCUAAGCGAACUGCAGAGCGUGUGAAUUAUGAGCCGCCCAAAUCAGAUUUCACAAUUGACCUUCAACAUGAGAUUGCCCUCUACAUUUGGGAGGAAGGCAGAGGUCCUGCUUUGACUGUGGUGAAUGAGUUUUGCUCAGAGCUACAAAGCUUGUCCUCAACAGGAAAUUGUGCUACGACCAUCAACACCUACUUGUCUGCCUGUGGAAACCCUGUGCAGAAGGAGGACGUCUUUGUUGCUGUUAAAACAUGUCAAAGAUUUCAUGGAGAUAGAGUUCCUUUAGUUAAACAAACUUGGGAAAAAGAUGCUGCCUCGUUGGAAUACUACAGUGACAUCACAGACCCAUAUAUACCCACAAUCCACUUGGGAGUCCCUAACACGGAGAGAGGGCACUGUGCAAAAACAUUUGCCAUCCUGAAGAGGUUUGCGAGUGGGGCAGUAACACAAGCGCCUUGGUUGCUCAUAGUUGAUGAUGACACACUGAUCAGUCUACCCAGACUGCGGAGGCUGCUGGGAUGUUAUGAUCCAAAUGAAGCUGUGAGUGUUGGAGAACGUUACGGCUAUGGGCUUAGCAGGGACGGCUACAGCUACAUCACGGGAGGUGGAGGGAUGGUGUUCAGUAGAGUAGCGGUGCAGAAUAUUUUGGCAGGUGGCUGCGGCUGCCGCAGUUCGGAUGCCCCCGAUGACAUGGUGCUAGGGAUGUGUCUGACCACACUGGGGCUCCCGGUCACACACAGCCCACUUUUCCAUCAGGCUCGUCCACAAGAUUAUGUAAAAGAGCUUCUGGCACGACAAAGCCCAAUCUCCUUCCACAAACACUGGAAAAUCAACCCUGUGGCCGUCUACCAGCACUGGCUUACAGAGCCCAACCAGAGGAGAGCGCACUCACUCACAAAGACAAGAGAGGAGCUGUAGAUGGAGCUUAUGGAGU